AUGCGCCCUACGUUCAUGGUCUGCUAUUGCUUUUUAUGCGCGCCCUUAGGCAUUCCGACUUUCGAGGGGAAGCAUCGUCUGUGCGAGCUCCCCGUAAGCCUUAAGUUCUUUCUGCAGGCCCCUCCUUCACGAAGCCAUGUCACGGUAGGGACUCCAGAAGUGAACUUCUCCUCUUAG